CUUAACGUAGCUCCCUAUUGUACAGUAAACUGUUUUCUAGCUGGUGUUUAGGUUCACGCUAGGAGGUUGGCACCUUUGGGACAGUUUUUCGUUCUAAAAUUCAAAAGUAAAUAGUUCGAUCGUUUGUUGUUUUCAAAACUACGGUUUAUGUUAUUAUUUCGUUACUUUUGAAACCGUGUUUGAACGUACUACCGGUUUUCUACGAUGCAGGAGCGAUUCAAAGUGUCUCGGGCACAAGAGACAAAUAAUUAUAAUAGUUUUAGUGAUUCCCGAGACGAGGGGACUAACUUUAACAGUUUCAGUGCCGCUACAGAUGAUGAGCGAGCGAAAGAGAAGCUAUUACCCCCCAGUCUUGCUCCAGGAAAUGAUGAGCCCUUCGAUCUGUAUUACGACAACGAGGAUGAAACUGAAAGGCCGAGAAUUACAACAUUCAUUCAAUCUCUUGCAAAUUAUGCGAAUACUAUCCCUUCGCCUAAUACUGACCAGGAGGGUGAAUGUGCAACUGCCCCUGUCAAGAGUGCUGAAAUGGGUACCCUUAUCGGAGUUUACUUGCCUUGUAUUCAGAACAUUUUUGGUGUAAUUUUAUUUAUUCGUCUUACUUGGGUUGUAGGAACGGCAGGAGUUUUAUGUGGAUUUUUUAUUGUCCUUACUUGUUGUUGUGUGACAAUGUUAACAGCUAUUUCUAUGUCUGCAAUUGCUACUAACGGGGUGGUACCGGCAGGAGGGAGUUAUUUUAUGAUAUCUCGAGCGAUUGGACCAGAGUUUGGCGGAGCGGUGGGCAUGCUGUUUUAUACUGGUACCACUUUAGCUGGUGCUAUGUAUAUUGUGGGUGCCGUGGAAAUUAUACUAGUUUAUAUGGCCCCGAAGCUAACACUAUUUGGGGAUAUAAAUGACGACUUCGUAAAAUUCAAUAACUUUAGAAUCUACGGGACUUGCCUCUUGGCCAUAAUGGGGUUAAUCGUCUAUGCAGGAGUGAAAUUUGUUAACAAGUUUGCAACUAUAGCCUUGGCCUGUGUAAUCUUUUCCAUAAUUGCUGUCUACGUUGGUAUUUUCAAAAAUGUUCAUGGAAGCGACGCACUUCAAAUCUGUGUACUUGGACGACGCUUACUAAGAAUAGAUUCGACUAGUGACUGUACAAAAAAUAUUUCCGGACCCUUGUACCAAGAGUUCUGUCCCAACAAUACUUGUUCUUCCUACUGGACAGAAAACAACCUUACUUUAGAGCGGGGUAUUAAAGGCUUAAGUUCUGGAGUAUUUUUUGACAAUAUUCAGCACAGCUUUCUAGAAAAAGGACAGUUUAUAGCGAGAAACAAUCUUCCAGCGGAUAUAGAAAAUAUUUCAGAUAAUACCUACUCCCAAAUAAUGGUUGAUAUAACAACCAGUUUUACUAUUUUGAUAGGUAUUUUCUUCCCAUCCGUAACGGGAAUCAUGGCAGGGUCAAAUCGUUCAGGUGAUCUCAAAGAUGCACAAAAAUCUAUACCCGUCGGUACAAUAUGUGCCAUUUUGACUACAUCUACUGUUUAUCUCAGUGCAGUAAUACUUUUUGCUAGUACAGUAGAUAAUUUACUUUUACGAGAUAAAUUUGGAAGUUCAAUUGGAGGAAGACUAGUGGUAGCUAAUAUAGCAUGGCCGAAUCAGUGGGUUAUUCUUAUAGGUUCAUUUCUAUCUACUUUAGGAGCCGGCCUACAAUCCCUCACAGGAGCUCCCAGACUUCUUCAGGCUAUAGCAAAAGACCAAAUCAUUCCUUUCAUUGCUCCUUUCUCAGUUUCGUCUGGCCGUGGAGAACCCGUUCGAGCAUUACUCGUCACACUGGUAAUUUGUGAAUGCGGAAUCCUAUUGGGAAAUGUUGAUAUUCUUGCUCCUCUUCUCUCCAUGUUCUUCUUAAUGUGUUACGGAUUUGUUAAUCUCGCAUGUGCUGUGCAAACCUUGUUAAGAACUCCAAAUUGGAGACCUCGGUUUAAAUACUACCAUUGGGUUCUUUCCUUUUUGGGAUUGUCUCUUUGUAUUGCUGUGAUGUUUAUGACUUCGUGGUAUCUUGCUUUACUUGCCAUGGGUAUGGCAGGUGUUAUUUACAAAUACAUCGAAUACCGAGGUGCUGAGAAAGAAUGGGGAGAUGGAAUCAGAGGUUUAGCUCUAUCUGCAGCCAGAUUUUCACUGCUUCGCUUGGAGGAAGGACCUCCACACACCAAAAAUUGGAGACCUCAGAUUUUAUUGCUGCUGAAAUUCACCCCAGAUUUGGAAUUGGAACAUAGAAAGUACGUCUCCUUUGUCUCUCAACUGAAAGCUGGCAAAGGGCUCGUUAUAUGUGCAUCCGUUCUUGCUGGAGACUACAAUGCUAUAGGAGAACAAGCCAUAGCUGCCAAACAAGUCCUACAAGGAGUAAUGGUAAAAGAAAAAGUUAAGGGAUUUGCGACUAUUCUGGUAGCUAAACAUAUUGCCGAAGGACGCUCCAACUUGGUACAAACCGCGGGUCUUGGAGGCUUGAAACCAAAUACAAUCAUUUUGAGUUGGCCCUAUGGAUGGAGAGAUGAUGCUGAUGAAGAACAAGCAUUUGAACAUACUGUUCGUACUUUAACUGCUGCCAAGAUGGCUUUGCUUAUACCUAGAGGCAUUGACUUCUUCCCUGAUAACACCCAAAAGAUUAGUGGGUACAUUGAUAUUUGGUGGAUCGUGCAUGAUGGAGGAUUACUGAUGCUAAUCCCAUUCUUAUUGAAGCAGCAUCGGGCAUGGAAAAACUGUAAAUUGAGAAUAUUUACCGUGGCGCAAUUCUCUGAUAAUUCUAUUCAGAUGAAGAAAGAUCUGAAAACGUUCCUAUAUCACCUAAGAAUCGAUGCCGAAGUUGAUAUUGUCGAAAUGUCUGACAAAGAUAUAUCUGCCUAUGCUUAUGAAAGAACUUUAGUAAUGGAACAACGCACUCAAAUGAUAAGACAACUUCGCUUAAACAAGAAGGAGACCUUCGGAAUGGCGCUUACGAAUGGUGGAUUAGAAGAAACAUUACCUCUGGUUCAAUCUGUGGUUGACCAACACCAUGCAGUGGAAAAGACGCCUUCUAAAGUGAGAUUCCAAGAUCCCAAAGUCACCGACGUUGCAAAUAACAAAAAGGAAACCCUAGCAGAUGAGAAAGAGGAACCUACAAAUGAGCCGCUCGGUAAUGAAGAUUGUGACAACAGCAAAAAAGAAAAGGAAGACGGAGCCUCUGAGAAAGAGAGUCUUGAAAAGAAUGGCAGUGAGGUAAACGAGAAAAUUGGAAAUGGCGAUGGAAUUUCAUUGGAGUCUGACACACUCAAACGUUUGCAUACAGCACUGAGAAUGAAUGAAACAAUUAGAGCUCUUUCUAAGGACUCGCAACUUGUGAUCUUGAAUUUACCCGCCCCGCCAAAGAGCAAUGAUCCAGGAAAGCAAUCGUACUAUUUGGAUUUCUUGGAAGUACUGUCAGAAGGGUUGGAAAAAGUACUUAUGGUGAGAGGUGGGGGACAGGAAGUGAUCACCAUAUAUUCAUAAUCAACUAACGAAGUUGAUUUUUGACCGUUAGCCAAAACGCUGAUACUAAUAAUACUUUAAUCAAAGAGAACAGUACCGUAACAUUAAUUAAAAAUAAGUUUUUAGGCGUUUGCUAUGAGCUCUCAGGAAUAUUCGUUAGUGUAUUAGUAUUCACAUGUUUUUAUUAAUUCAUUAAUCUGAUUCAGAAGUUUGUCAAAAUUAUCCAAGAAGCAAAUUUGGUUAAGCAUAAUUAAACUUAAAAAUCCAUUAAUGUUAAUUUUGCUUGCAGAUAAAUGCAUAAUAUGAACAUUUGAAUUAGUUUCUUACUGAGAACUCAACAAACGAGAUUUCAACCGUAUAUAUAGUAUAUAUAGUACAGCGAUACAUAAGAGGAAUAGUGACUUAACUAACCAAAAAGUGUAUUCUUCGUAAUAGCGGUCGAAUAUAUUCUCACAGAUUUUUCUAUCGCUGCAACUAGUCGUGAUCUUGUAGUAUUAUCAUACUGUCUUAAAUCAAAAUAAUAACAGUUUAUAAAGUGCUCAUUUUUCUAUGACAACUAUACCGGCCAGAUUUGUGAGUCGUAUUUGUACACUCUUUCGCUCAUAUUUAGCUAAGUUCGUCUAGACAAAAAUUCCUUUAUGGGAAUUGUUACUCUCAAUAACUAUCGUUUUUCUGUAUACUCCAUGUCUUCACUAUUUAAUUAGAGCUUAUUUUGAUAUAGUAAACAUUGAAGUGGUUACUUAGAUGUUAACACAGACACGUUAUAUUCCAGAAAAUGAUAAAAUUUUUAAUCGUAGGUCACUUAAAAAAUUACUACUAGCGUCAAGUCAAAAAUGAUUUGAACUUUAGUGCUAACAUGCAUAAUCUUCAACGCAUUUAACAGUUCCAAAUAUUUCCAAAGUUGAAAUAUAUUACAGGUAUCUAAUAAUUGCUCUAAAGUUAAUUAGUCACGUAUCAAAUAUUUUAAAUUAUCUAAGAUCGCGUGAUAUCUAUCUAUGUUACACAUUUAUUUCUCACGUUGCAUUGAAAAACAUUCAUUUGGUUUGAGGAUGUUCAAGAAUUCUCAAAUAACGACUAUGAGGUAUGCAAUAAUUAUUGAAAUCCUUAAAAGAUCUAAGCCAAAAGUUGAUUCCAACUUAAAAAUGUGUCAAACAAAUAUGUUGGUCUGAAUAUACCGUUCUAUCAGACUACCGAACUAUCAGAAGAUCUUUAGCAAAUCAACUUUAGGAAAAUGUAUAUUAAACUUUUUAGAAAUUUUUUAUUUUAUCUUCAUAUGUAACACGAUGUUUACAAUUAGGAACACAUAUUUAAUGCGUAAAAACUGUACUUAAUUACAAAAUCCAUAUGGUAAGAAUUUGAGCAAUAUUAACAAUAUAGUAUGUAUUAAAGUACUCUGUAUUAACUGUCAAAUUAUGUGUGAUAGAAUUACGUACAUAAUCUCUUUCGCACUGUAGGUAUUAAAAUUGUUAAAUAUUUUCGAUGUUCAAGUACUGCAGGGUGUUACCUAUAUUUCAACGAUGCGCAUUCCAUAUUAGCAUCUAUUUUUAUAUAUUUAAAUGAUAUAUUUAUUACGUAGUUCUUAGUGUUAAUUUAUCGUGUUAAAUCUAUUUCCAAAUUUUUAACUAUUUAGUAUAUACAUACAAUGUUAACAAUGCUACUAGUUAUUUUUAAUUCUACUCAAGUCAAAUCACAAAUUGUUUUAAAUGAAAAGUUUUAUCCACGUUGAAAUUAUAUUGUAGUCUAGGAUCAUAUAAGUAUUAUUGUUGUCGUUAGUCGAUUUAUUUGGAACACCCUGUAUAUAUAAGUAGACGAUAUUAUUUACGCCCCCUCUAAAAGGAAAAUGGCAAACAGCUUUAUACAUUAUAAAUCGGACCGCGUUUUUCUGUGCAUCUUAUUUAACUUUCGGAUAGGCAGUCGACGAAUGAUAAACCAGAUGAUGUGUGAACUUUUGUUAGAUUUCUUCAAAUAUACAGGAUGGUAUUGGCUGCCAUUGUCUAAUGCCUAGACAGACUCAACCGGAAAAGCUCUUUUGUAAGUAAUAUCCAUUUCAUUUUUAAGAUAGUCAAAUAUAAUUUUAAUAAACUAAAGAAUGAAAUGAUUUGUUUAAGGCCGAUAUUAUCAUGAUCAAAGUAGCUUUCUCCACUGUUCAAGCAACUUGAGAUGUAGAUACAGGCAUUAACAGUAUAUAGCGAUAUACAGGGUGUCUCAGGGUCAGCGUCCAUUAGAAUGUUUCCAGAAGUAAUGCGAUUUGAAUCCCGCAAAUAUGUAUAAUGGGAUUUUAGGAGACGAUGUUUUCAGAUGAAAUAACAGUAACAUUAUGCGCUUUCCAGUUAUACCAGAAGUUGUCUCAAACCUACUUAUUUUAAAUGAAGCACCCAAAUGCCCGUGUGCUUUAGCGUAGGAGGUGCAAAUUUUUAAGUAAGCGAGCGCAAAUAUUUUUUUCCCAAAAUUUCAGGUUUACAACUCGCGUACAAUUUUCAAUAAAAUGUUUCGAUUUUCGUCUCCAAAAAUGCAUUAUUAGCGCUCAAAUACAUCUAAAGUUUGCCUACAGUAUAACAAUUCUAAAUAUUUUUGAACAUUUAAAUGCGUUUAGAAGUGUGAAAAUUCAAAACCUUUUUGACUUAAAAAUUGGAUAUCCGGCCUUCAAACCUUUAUAACUUUCCAGAUUUCUAACCGAGUUUAGUUUUCUCAACCAUAAUUUUUAGGGAACAUCAACGCAGUUUCAUUUCGUAUCAGCAAAGAAACUGCGAUUUUCGUGUCUCGAAAUGCUUGUUUGCUGGAAAAUUUUUUGCUCGAUGUUC